AUGUCAAGGCAGUACCGGCUACACCACCAGGUUGGUAAUCGAAUCAUCGUCCCGACCGCACCGAGAUUCGAAGAGGGAACGCUCGAUCUGCCUCCUGACGUCGAAGCCGAAAGCUCAGAGACAAUGGUCUUCGACCCCAUGGAGGCAAAUCCUCUUAAAGAGGUCAUCAAUACCAUAUCCACCGACGGACCCCUAGAGGUAGAAAGCGAUGACGACGUGAGAUACCAGCUCCUCGUAAAAUCUGACGAAGCUCAAAAUAUCAACAGCCAGCUAACGAAACUGUUAUCCGGAAGAGGGCACGACCGCGGAAUCGAUACGAGCAAGCGCUCUGCCGUCUACCGAAUCCCAAUGCCGAAUAGCUAUCAGGAAGCUAUCGGUGAUGGAACCCAUGGAGCUGACUGGAUUUUGGCCGCUCGGGGAGAGCUGGCGCAGCUCUAG